CGGGGCGGCGGCGGAGAGGAGAUGCGGCUGCUGGCGCUGGCGGCGGCCGUGUUGCUGGCGCGGGCUCCGGCCCCGGAGGUCUGUGGGGCCCUCAAUGUUACUGUGUCUCCAGGGCCCGUGGUUAACUACUUGGAGGGGGAAAAUGCCACUCUUCUCUGCCACAUCUCCCAGAAGAGGCGGAAGGACAGCUUGUUGGCCGUGCGCUGGUUUUUUGCGCGUCCCAAUUCCCAAGAGGCCUUGAUGGUUAAGAUGACCAAGCUCAGGAUUGUGCAGUACUAUGGGAAUUUCAGCCGCAGCUCCUACAGGCAGCGGCUGCGCCUCCUGGAGGAGAGGCGCGGAGUGCUGUACAAGCUCUCUGUUUUGACUCUCCAACCAGCGGAUCAAGGGCAUUACGUCUGCAAAGUUCAGGAAAUCAGUAAGUACAAGAAUAAGUGGACAGCCUGGUCCAACGGCUCCUCAGAGACAGAAAUGAGAGUGAUUUCCCUCAAAGCUUCGGAAGAUUCAUCCUUUGAAAGGAAGAAAAAGACUUGGGCAUUUUUUGAAGAUCUCUACGUGUAUGCUGUGCUCGUGUGCUGCGUUGGGAUCCUCAGUGUUCUGCUCUUCACCCUGACCAUUGUCUGGCAGUCUGUGUUUAGCAAGAGGAAGUCCAGAGCAAGACAUUAUUUGGUGAAAUGCCCUCAGAACAGCUCAGGGGAGACUGUCACCAGCGUGACCAGCUUGGCCCCAUUGCAGCCCAAGAAGGGCAAGCGGCGGAAGGAAAAGGCUGACGUUCCUCCUGCAGUCCCUGCCAAAGCACCCAUAGCCGCUACCUUCCACAAACCAAAGCUGCUGAAACCACAGAGGAAAGCCACCCUGCCAAAGAUUGCUGAGGAGAACUUGACCUAUGCUGAGCUGGAGCUGAUCAAGCCCCAUCAGGCUGCCAGAGGCAUCCCCACCAGCACUGUGUAUGCCCAGAUCCUCUUUGAGGAGAACAAGCUGUAAUUCCAUGUUCUGUCCCGUGGUCCUAUUUAAUACCUGCCACCCCAGUUAUUUAUGAAAA